GAAACCUUGAACUCUGUAGAAGAGGACCACAGAUUGGUCUUCUUCUUGGUCAUUGAUGAUUUGAUAUGUAGACCCCCAAAAAAAUAUAAAAAUAUAUAUGGGAUACUUCUGUCCUUUUCAGUCUCUUGUGCUGUUCCUUUUUAACGUUUCAUACACGCCAGUUCCAUCUCUCUCUCUCUCCGAGCCUCUAUUUUUUCCACAUUGAGCUGUUUUUCUUCCCUUUCUUAACUGGGUGUUUCACAUUUUGCUUCUUCCUUCAUAGUUUGCCCAUUUUUUAUGUUAGAAUUCUUUGUUACUUUAUCUCCACGGCUUGUCCUCUCAUUUCAUUAUAACUUCUUUGUAAUUUCUUUACUUCAAUUCUCUUCUUGGUCGGCUGUGUUCAAACUUCUAUUCAAAUUCUCAACUGGGUUUUCUUGUUUUCCUUCUUUCAUUAUAUAAACUGUUUGCUUUACAUCAUUUUUUUUUUUGUGGGUUUUCCUUUUCUUCUUUUUUCCUUCUUCUUCCAUUUGGUUGGGUGUUGCUUGAUCGUCUCUUUAACUAAGUGUUGUUGAACUGGAUAACAAGUUUUUAGAUUGUGGGAAUUUUGAUAUUGAGAGAUAUGAAGUGCUUUUAUAUUUUCAAGGAUAAAUCCAAGAAGAAGAAAGGAGAUUCAAGAUCGGCCCCAGAAUUGGGAAACAGAAGCGCACCAGAUAGUUUACCUUUGAGCCGUACAACAAGAUCUUUACCUUCUCCUAGAGGUAUAACUGAAUUGUACAAAGAGAAGGAGCAUAAUUUGAGAGUUUUCUCUUUUCAAGAGCUUAGAGAGGCAACAAACGGUUUUAACAGACUCCUCAAGAUUGGAGAAGGUGGUUUUGGGAGUGUGUAUAAGGGAACAAUUCGGCCUGCCGAUGGUCAAGGAGAUUCCGUACCAGUUGCCAUAAAGAAGCUCAACAAGUAUGGCUUGCAGGGCCAUAAACAAUGGCUUGCAGAAGUUCAAUUUCUUGGAGUUGUUAGUCACCCAAACCUAGUAAAACUUCUAGGUUACUGCUCAGAAGAUAAUGAAAGAGGGAUCCAGCGGCUAUUGGUUUAUGAAUAUAUGCCUAACAAGAGCCUAGAAGAUCAUUUAUUUAACAAAGGUUUGCCCGCUUUGCCUUGGAAAAUGAGAUUAGAAAUUAUGCUUGGUGCAGCUGAAGGAUUAGCUUACUUACAUGGGGGAAUGGAAGUCCAGGUGAUAUAUCGAGAUUUCAAAUCCUCAAAUGUGCUGUUGGACGUAAACUUUAAACCAAAACUCUCUGAUUUUGGGCUUGCUAGAGAAGGGCCAACAGGUGACCGUACUCAUGUAUCCACAGGGGUGGUUGGUACAUAUGGGUAUGCUGCCCCAGAAUAUGUUGAGACAGGUCACCUCACAAGCCACAGUGAUCUAUGGACCUUUGGUGUGGUGCUGUAUGAAAUCCUUACAGGUAGGCGAACUUUGGAAAGAAACCGGCCAACAAUUGAACAGAAGCUUCUUGAUUGGGUGAAACAGUUUCCAGCUGACAGUAAAAGGUUCAGCAUGAUAUUGGACCCACGGCUCAGAAAUGAUUACUCUAUCGUGUCAGCAAAGAAAAUUGCUAAAUUGGCAGAUAGCUGUCUGAACAAGAAUCCAAAAGAUCGGCCAACUAUGGCCGAGGUCGUUGAGGGCUUGAAACAAGCAAUACAAGACUUAGAAGGCACAAGCACUUCUACUAGUAAGAGCACAGGCACUUCUACUAGUGGAAGUGUUGAAUCAUCUCGAUCUAGAAUGGUCAACAGAAAAUUGAUCAAGGCAUAACUCUUGAAUGUUGAGCACAAAUAGAAUGGGAACAUUUUUCUUUAGGUUUACAUCACAAAUUCAUUAUACGAUAUCAGAGAGUUGCAGAUUUUUGCGGGCAUCAUUGCAAGAGUUUAUAUUGGAUUCAACUUAAUGAACUAGAGUGUUGGUUCUAUUGGACCCUACUAUUAGUAAACUAUUCUUUUUCUUGUAAAAAGUAUGAGUGGAAUUAGGCAGUGAGAAACAAAGAAAAUGGAGACACAAUGGUACAAUGGUAGUGAAUCUUGAUACAUAGCUUUGUUCCAAUGAGAUCAUAGCAUUCGUCUCAUGCAAUAAGACAAUAUGAUUCUCAUUUUUCUUGAAAAUUGGACCAACUUUCAAUUUCUAUUCUUUUUUUUUUUGGUUUAAUGUCGGCACGCCUUGUUUUACAAGGCGGUGCAAGUUAGAGCAGCUUUGUGAAUCAUUGUAAAUAUGUUCUAGCCUUCUAAGGCGUAUUUAUUCUCAUGUUUUCUACUGAACUUGCAUUUUGUUCUCA